GCUUCUCCCAUGGAGGCCCCUGCAUGCACUUCUGAUACCCUGAAAGAGUCUUUUGCGUCCAUGUCACACCUAUGGUGCCUGGUUUCGUCUGCAGCGUCGACCUGCUGAAACGUGACGGUGAAUUGGUGUCAUGACCGCCUCGAGACUUGACGAAGACCCGCUUGCCGGGUCCGUGCUUCGGACGCUGCGAAUUCUGGGCCGGAGCAGCGAGGGCGACAAUGUGACCGUCCUCGCGUCCAGCAGCUCCACGGGGCAGCUGGUGGCCGUGAAGCUGAUAUCACGCGGCUUCGACUCGCCACGGGCAAAGUACCUGUUGCGGGAGCUGUUAAACCACUAUGAGCUAACCCUCGCCAAGCACCCGCACGUCGUCAGCCUACUGGACGUGUUCCUCACGCCGCAGCAUAUGGCCAUCGUGAUGGAGUACGUUGACGGGGAGAACCUGCAGGUGUUUACGGAGAAGGCGGGUGGGUGCGUCAUAGAGCCCCUGGCGCGCUUCCUUUUCCAGCAGCUGGUAAUCUCGCUGGACUUCUGCCACCGGCGCGGCAAGGUGAACCGUGGCAUCCGGCCCACCAGCCUGCUACUGCAGCUGAGCGCCUCGGCGCUGCCUCUGCUCAAGCUGUCGGACUUCUCGCUGAGCAAGGACACGCUGCGGCACUCGGAGCCCAGGUCGCAGGUGGGCACAGCCAUGUUCUGCGCGCCCGAGGUGCUUCAGAACUUCAAGGGGGCGCCCUACGAUGCGGCGGCAGCGGACGUGUGGGGCAUCGGCGUGGUGUUGUUCAUGGUGCUGUACGGCCGACACCCCUUCUCGCGGCCCGAAGACGCCAGCCUCACAGCGGCGCAGCAGGUGAUCGCCAUGUUCAAGCGCGUGACGGCGCCGGCGGGCAGCCCCGAGGGUGACCUGCACAUCCCGCCGCAGCUGCCCACCAGCGUGCUGGCAGGCGCGCCGCCCGGGGCGCCAAUCUCUAUGGCGGCCGCCGACCUGCUGCGAGGGCUGCUGACCAGGGACGCCAGGUCCAGGCUGACGCUUGACGGGGUCCAGCAGCACGAGUGGUUCCGCACAGGACUGCCCGAGGGCGCGGCGCUGCUGAAUGACGUUGUGGCGGCUGAGGAGCAGGCGGCCGGCUCCGCGGCGGUGAUGCAGCCCACAGUGGCGGCGCAGCUCGAGCGCAUGGUGGUGGCGGCAGCCGCCGGGCCGGUGGCGGCGCCGCCGCCGCAGCAGCAGCAGCUGCUGUCUGGUGGCGGCGGCGCCGCAACCGGCACCCACGGCGAGAGCACCGACGGCGCCGCCUCCUCCUCCGCGCAGACGGGGCUGUCCUCGCUGACAGAGGCGACACUGGGCGGUGCUGGCGGCGGCGCCAACGGAGCCUUCCCCUGCGCCUCGCCGGCCUCUGGCGCGCCGCCGCCGCAGCACCCGCAGCCCCCGCCCGCGCCGGCGGUGCCGGGCUGGACGGUCACCACCAGUGGCACCUCAGACGCCGCCGUGACGUCUGUGUCAAUCGGGUCUACCGUGCCGGGACGGCCUUGCGCCGGCGCUGGCGCCGGCGCCAGCAGCCACUCCACGGCGGCAGCGGCGGCGCCGCCGCCGCUGGUGCCUGCGCCGCAGCACCCGCAGCCGCACGUGUUGCCGGCGCUGGUGAUGCAGUCGGAGGGCGGGCUGGUGUCCAUGAUGGCGGACCUGGCCACGCCCAUGCCCUGGUCGCCGCAGGAGGCGGGCUCGGGCGCGGGCGAGGCGAGCGGCGCGGGCGGCGACGGCAGCGCGGGAGGGGGCGACCUGCUGGAUGACCUCGAGGCGCUGGUUAUGGGCCUGCCUGAGGAGGAGAUCGACAUGUCGGCCGCCUCCCUUGACUUCCUGAUGGGGGCGUCGCAGCAGCAACACACACACGCCCCGCAGCAGCAGCCGGCGCAGCCGCCGCCUCGCCAGCAGCCGCAACACCUACACCAUCUGCCGCACGCGACCAGCCCCCUCAACCCGCACCAGCACAACGCACGAGUGCACCAGCCGUACCCGCAACACCAGCAACAGCGACAGCAACCGCCCUUGCAUCACGCCAACCCGCAGCCUGGUGAUAGCGCCAUGGGAGUGAAUGCCAGCGCGCCCAGCUCCGUGGACGCCUCCGCCCUGGCCGCAGCCACAACCGGCACGGCAGCGUCGCCGCCACACCCGGCCGCGGGCGCUGGGGGGGCAGCUUCCGCAGCGGCAGGCACCGCCGCCGCGGCGGCGCAGGGCGCGCCGCGUAUCGUCGCGCCGCCGGCUCUGUUCACGUCGCUGCACACCGCAGCCGCGACCGCGGUGGACGCGACAGCGGGGCUGCUAUCUCGGCUGCGCACCGACUCGCUGCCGUCGCCUGACACGCUGGCGCUGGUGGACGCGCAGCCCUUCCUGCUGGGUGGCGGCACCGGCGGCAUGCGGCACGGCAGCGGCGCGGGCGGCGCCGGCAGCGGCAGCGGUAGCGGCGGCGGCAGCGGCGCGGCGCUCAUCAACCGCGGCGGCUCGCUGGCGUGGCUGCACCACGACGGCAGCAUCGUCACAAUCCCCUCCACCUACUCCAUGGACUGGUGCGCGCUGUCCGCACGCAGCCAGACGCUGCUCAGCGCCCCCGACCUGGACAUGCUGCAGGCGGGCGGCGGCAGCGGGACGCAGCUGGCGCCGACCGGAGGCGCGGCGCCUGGCGGCGCCGCCGCCUCGCCGGCUGGGGACGGCACGCGCGCGCCGGACGCGAGCGCAGGCGCGGGUGGCGGUGGCGGCGGCUCACCGGCGCUGGUGCAGGGCUCGGUGUGGCACCGCAUCUGUAAUGACGCCAAGGGGGCGCUGAAGGGCGUGGCGACGGAGGCGCGUGGGCUGGGCCGCGCGGCCGCUUUGGCGGCCGCGGGACUGGGCUCCGCUGCGGGCGUGAUCACCACCGGCGCCGCCACACAGCGAUUAAAGGGACGGUAGGGACAGGCUGGACGAUAGUUGGUAAUGGUACUGUUCGCAAGUGCAUGCGCGCGUUGUAUAUGACGUGCUUCACCCAUCGUGGCAUGCGAUAGGACCGUGCGCGGCGUGCGAUGUUAUUUAGGAAGGGGCUUCGGGGCCAGACCCACAACAUGGCCAGGCCAGGCAAGCAGCAAGCAUGUUUCCAUAUAUUAUGGGGACCUAAGGUCAUUAGCCCAAGAGUGGUGUUGAGAUACACCGGGGUUGUAGUCCCUACGACAGGGACGUAAUGGGCCGCCUACCCCUAACCCCUGCUGGAAGGUGGUGAAAGGGAAGACCGUGCCGCACUUUGAGAGGAACGAGACGGAAGAAGCGGUGUACCGGCCCCGGUGCACCCUGGUGCCAGUCCGCCAUGCAGCUCAAGCUGCUUCACGCAGGCGUCGUCACCUUCACACCACCAGCCCUGUGGCCUGUGCACGAGGUGCCAGAGGCUGCGUCCAGGAACCCAUAGCAUUGCCACCCAUGGACAGGGUCAGGGCGCGAUGGGACAGGGUAAGGAGCAUGUGGCGUACGCUGCCCAGCUGCAAUACGCCUCACCUGUGAACUACGCCGCGGUUCGUGGGUGACAUCAUCAAGGUCCUGAUUGGCUUCCACUGCGGCCAAUCUGCAACUGCAUUUGCACCUGUUAGCCUCCCAGCUUUGCCGUAAGGGUCGCUGCAGGCGCCCGUGCGUCUUCUGCAAGUCAAAGGGGAAGGGUGGGGUGGGUGGUGAGCUUGCUCCGGCGCCCACGAUUGCCACCUGCCCUCGCUGUGCGCCAUAUUCCAUCCGGCUCCGGCCUUGUAACAUCCUCUAGUGGGCUGGCCGGUCUGCCCUAUCAAUCAAAGCAUGGAGAGACAGCCCAACAUUCAUCAUCCAAGUGUCCAAGUCGUAAAAGGCGCCUUGCAGUGCUCGCGUUUGUAGCCUCUAGCACGUCAUGUGUAUUGAAUGCAUGUAUGAAGGAGAAGACCAGAUUGUGAGAUGGCAC